AUGACUCUCCACAUGGCUGACCGUUCUAUUAAGCACCUAGUAGGAGUUCUUGAAGACAUUCUAGUGAUGGUUGAUCAGUAUUUCAUAUCGGGAGACUUUGUGAUUUUGGAUAUGGAGGAGGAUACCAAGGUUCCCAUUAUACUUGGUAGGCCUUUUCUAACUACUGCUGGGGCACUCAUUGAUGUGAAGGGGGGGAAGUUAGUGAUGGAGAGGUGGGGGGAAGGAAAGUAUGAUGACUCACCAGAAACAAUUGCUUCCCUUGCACCUCUUGAGGAGGAACAGGCCCCCAAGGUAGAACUAAAACCUUUGCCUUCUAGUUUGAUGUAUGAUUUUCUUGAUUCUAAUUCUUCUUAUCCUGUGAUCAUAAGUUCCUCUCUACAAGAGGAACAAGUGGAGAAAUUGUUGACUGUGUUUAAGAAGCACAAGAAAGUUAUUGGGUACAAGAUUGGGGAUUUAAUUAGCAUUGAUCCUAAGUAUUACAUGCAUAGAAUCUAUUUGGAGGAUGAUGCCAAGCCCACUGUGGAGCUCUUUAGGAGGCUAAACCCCAAUCUGAAAGAUGUUGUUAAGAAUGAAAUUUUGAAAUUGCUAGAUGCUGAUAUUAUCUACCCUAUUUCGGAUAGAAAGUGGGCCAGUCCCAUUCAUGUUGUCCCGAAAAAGGGUGGUAUAACUAUUGUUGAGAAUGAAAAUAAUAAGUUGAUUCCUACAAGACUUGUCACUGGGCACCGCAUGUGUAUUGAUUAUAGAAAGCUAAACAAGUCUACUAGGAAAGACCAUUAUCCCCUCCGCUUUAUUGACCAGUUAUAUGAGAGAAUGUCCAACAACGAAUAUUUCUACUUCCUAGAUGGUUUUUCAGGUUAUUUUCAUAUUUCUAUCCAUCCUGAUGAUCAAGAGAUGACUACGUUCACAUGCCAAUAUGGCACCUUUGCUUUUAAAAGGAUGUUAUUUGGUGUGAGGAGGUUAAUCUUGUGCUCAACUAGGAGAAGUGUCACUUCAUGGCUUCUGAGGGAAUUGCUCUUGGGCACAAGAAGGUUCAUAAAAGAUUUCUCUAAUCUUGCAAAGCUUCUCACCCAUUUACUUACUAAGGAUGUUGUGUUUAUUUUUUAUGAAUCUUGUUUAGUAGCUUUUGAAAAGUUGAAAGAGGCUCUUUGCCAAGCUCCCAUUAUUCAGCCCCUUGAUUGGCCUUUACCAUUUGAAUUGAUGUGUGAUGCUAGUGACUAUGCAGUUGGAGCAGUGUUGUGCCAAAAGAGAAACAGAAACUACCAUGUGAUCCACUAUGCUAGCCACACUCUUGAUGAAGUUCAAGUGAAUUAUGCAACCACUGAGAAGGAGCUUCUGGCAAUAUUUGUUUCAGAAAAAGAUGCUAAACCAAGGUUGAUUCGUUGGGUCCUUCUACUUCAAGAGUUUGAUUUAGAGAUAAGAGAUAAGAAGGGCAUAGAGAAUGUAGUUGCAGACCAUCUAUCCAGACUUGAGGGUCGUGAGAAGGAUGAGUUGCCUAUUGAUGACUCAUUCAAGGGAGAGACAUUGCUUGCUGUGAGUGCUUCAGGUGAGGAUUCUGUGCCAUGGUUCGCAGACAUAGUGAAUUAUCUGGUGAGUGGUUACUUCCCUAAGGAUUUCAAUUACAACAAGAAAAAGAGAUUUAUCCAUGAUGUGAGAGACUACUUUUGGGAUGAGGCACUACCUUUUAAGAUAUGCCCUGAUGGUAUUGUGAGGAGAUGCAUUCCUGAGGAGGAGUUUUUUAGUGUUCUUAACCAUUGUCAUGCUUCACUAUAUGGGGGUCACAUGAGUGCUGACCGUACUGCUUUGAAGGUUCUACAAUCUGGAUUGUUUUGGCCCACCUUGUUUUCUACUGCUAAGGAUUUUGUGAGUAAGUGUGAUAGCUGCCAACGAACUUGUACUAUUGGUAAGAGACAUGAGAUGCCACAGAGAGGGAUACUUGAAGUUGAGUUGUUUGAUGUCUGGGGGAUGGAUUUCAUGGGUCCUUUUCCUCCAUCUUUUGGCAAUGAGUAUAUUCUAGCAGUAGUGGAUUAUGUGCCCAAGUGGGUGGAGGCAAUUUCAACUCCAAGGAAUGAUGCUAAGACUGUGAUCAAGUUUAUGAAGAGGAAUAUUUUCUUCAUGUUUGGUAUGCAAAGGUCUUUUAUCACUGAUAAUGGGACUCAUUUCUGCAAUAAGCUACUAGAGAAACUUCUGGCAGUUUCAAAGUUCAAGAAGAAGGAGCACAAAUUCAUGAAGAAGGAGCACAAAUUCAUGCAAUAUAUCCUUUCUCACUCCAUCUGUGGGCACUUUGAUUCUACAAGCUUUGUUUCUCACGCAGACAUGCUAUGUCUGUAUGGCAUGAUUAAGGGCAAAAGGGUGCACAUGGGUGUAGUUGUGGGCAACCUGUUCAUUAACCAGCACCCACCCAAGGGAGUGAGCUUGUUCUUAGGCCCCUAUCUCACCCGAAUCCUCAAGAGCACCCAUCGGGUCCGGCUCACUGAGCCGAAGGUUCAGGGCAUGCUGGCUCUCACUGUUGAGACUGUUCAGAUGAUGCGUCAGGGGAAGGGUGAGAAGAGAGCCCGCGUCACUUUGGAGCCCGAGGUGGAAUUGGAGGAGGAUGCAUACGAUGGUGCUGAGCUCGUUGAUGUUGUAGCGGUCGAGGGGUCAUCUAGGGGCACUUUUCAGCAGCAGGUGCUGGCCCAGUUAGCUGCAAUGAAUAUGAAAGUUGAUCAAAUCUACACUAGGAUGGAUGCUAUGGAGGCGGCUAACGCUCAGGGUCGAGAGGAGGCACGAGCUUACUAUGAGUGGAGGCGAAGCCACUACCCACCUCCGGGAGGUCCAUAG